UUAGACACCUGGCUUGACGAUUACUUACAAAAAGAUAUAAUUGAGCCUGUAUCUGAUGAGAGCACUGACUGGGUGAGUGGACUAGUUCUUGCACCAAAACCCAGAAACCCCAAUGAAGUAAGAGUAUGCGGCGAUUACCGCCAAGCAAACACAGCUAUAAAAAGAGAAAAACACCCAAUUCCUACAGUUGACGAACUGAUGGAAAGUAUGAAUGGGGCAAUUAAAUACAGUAAGAUUGAUUUGAAGGCUGGGUAUCACCAAAUUCCCCUUGAGAAGAGUUCCAGGUCCAUUACUACAUUUAUUACGCAUCGUGGAUUGUUUCGCUAUAAACGAUUACCUUUCGGUAUCAACUCGGCCAGCGAG